AUGGCACUGGCGCGCUUUCCACAGCACUAUAGAUUUAUUGGACUUGCCAACAUUGGCGGAGAUGAGCUUAUCUAUAAAUUGCUUGACGAGACUACCGAGCAAGAGGUCUUCUGCACAAUCUUCACUUUCGAUCAGCUGCGCAAGAGGGCUUAUACAGAGCUUCUUUCCUUUAUACAAAUAUACACCGCACUGGAUCACAGAGGCUUGAUGCGCUAUCGGGCCAUUGAAACAGAGCCGGCAGAUUUGAGGCUUUUCUUCAUGACAAGUACAUACAAUGUGAAUCUUGCCAAGCUAAACUUACUAAUGCGUCAGGAAGGAAAAUCCUAUUGCGAACUGGCACUCUGGCAAGUAGCUGCCCAAUUGAUUGACACCAUGACCUAUUGCAAUCUUCCGCGAACCCGUCAGUUUGGCCACAAAAGCACCCGCCUUGCAGCAAAUUCCUUUCCUCAUUGUGUCCUACGGCCAUUUAUCAUUGUAAUAACAAAUUCAUUCACCCAAGAGUCAGACCUAUUAAAGCUAUCUACCAAUUCAAAGCAGGCCGCCUUGUUUCCUCUCUCGAUCAAGGUCAUGCCUGGUGUCCUCACUGUGGGCCAACUGCGUCAGUUUCAAACAACUGCUGCUAGAUCGCACCUUUCGCACAUGGCCCCCGAGCUUCUCCUUGACUCCGAGGAGGUGAGUCCCUCUGGAGCAGUCGACAUCUGGUCUGUAGGAUCAGUUUUGUAUGAAAUGGCCACAGGGAAAACUUACGACUCUGCUAUUGACCCAACGACCAAUCUUAGGACAUACUCCUUUGAAUUUCAAAGUAUGCUCCGAUCAAUGCUAUCCAUAAAGCAAUCUGACAGACCAACUUUUGAGGACCUGCUGAAAGCUGAGAGAAUACGCUGCGUACUAUCCGACAUACAAACAGGUUCCCAGGGUCCUGCAUCGAGCCAACCGGACAAACUGAUUCUCCAGUCAGUUGAGCUGCAGGCACGUGAGCUUCUCGCAAAGCUUCCAUAUUCUACCGCUGAGCAGGCACAAAUGGUAGCAAGUUGGCAACAAGAACUUCCUCAUGAGCCAAAUUACCUACUAGGAGUAAUGAAUAUGAUCGAUGAUGGGUCCUAUCGCUGUCACACUCCCACUGGGAACAGGUUUGUGCACACUAGUUCCAGCGCUUCCCAGUCUCUCCGAUCAAGAGUAGCCCAGACUCCUGCAUCAAUUCAUACGGGAAAGAAUACCCGUUAUGGAAGAAAGAUGGCAAAAAGCCCGGCCGGGGUGCAGGACUCCUACACGCAGCUUAUGCAGCACGCUCUGAAAGAUAAUCUACUGAAGGCUAAAAAGGCUAUGGACCAGGUGUGUAUAGUUUUCACAGACGGGACGUCUGCCCUAAUGCUUGCAGCUGAAAAUAAUUCUCUUGAAGUUGCAAAGCUCUUGGUAUCAUAUGAGUGCUGCCUACAGUCCAAAACCGGGCUCACUGCUCUAAUGUAUGCAGCAAGAAGAGGCCAUGCAGAUCUGGUGUCUCUCCUUCUCAACCACGAAAGCAUGAUGGUGGACUCUCGUGGCUACACGGCACUUAUGCACGCUAUAGACCAGGGUCACCUAGAGUGCAUCCGAAUCCUUGUAAAAGCAGAAACAAAUUAUAGUGCUCCGAAUGGCAUUACGGCGGGACUGCUUGCUACGAAGGACAUAAAUGACGUCAUGAAGCAGUUUAGGUGCCACUCGGCGUCCCAAAUGACGUCUGCUAGCACCUAUGGGACUCCUGACGGUAGGCAAACACCCAGCACAAGAAGAUCUGUGACACCCAGCAACAACUCCAGCCUUAGUAUAAGCACUAGACAUCAAACUGUCGCUGAGAAGCUUGCGAUUGCUCAGAUUGUCACUGCUCAUGAGGACACCCGUGACCCCGUAACACACGUGACAUGCCUUAUGCUAGCAGCCCAGCAUCACUCUGUAGAAUUGGUGCAAAUGUUCAUACACCAGGCUGGUUGCCAAACACCCAAAGGGCUUACGGCCCUCCAUAUUGCUGUUCAGGAACUGUUUGUUGACGGUGUUACGCUUCUAGCCCCUUGCGAGAUGCGUUAUACCACACAGUAUGCUACCAACGGGUUUGGUUUCCAUAGAGCGACGGCUCUUUGUCUCGCUGCUCUUGUAGGCGGAUGCUCAGAUAACAAAAAUACGUCUCAGGGUCAUCUCGUAAGUAGUCAGGGAGAUCGGGGACCCUCUUCGUACAACUACUUUCGAAGCGUCAGCCAAUACAGCUUCAAUCACGCCUUGUCUGCAAGAAGCACUACUAAGAGCAACCGAGAUAACGAGCGGGCCAUCCUCUCUAUUCUAAAUCUCCUAGUCCCACUCGAGGCCACCUAUGCGGAGCCUGGCACAGGGAAAACUGCCCUUAUUGCAGCAGCGACUGUCGGUAACGCACUCGCUGUCCGAGCACUGGCAAAGCACGAGGGUGGCUGCAAGAUGAUAAAGGGCUGGACAGCGAUGAUGUGUUGUGUCUGCCGGGCAAGCUCCACAACAGCGCAAAACCUGUGCACAUACAUCGAGUGCAUAAACGCUCUAGCCCCAUAUGAACAAGGUAUGACGUCUGAAUGUGGGUGGACGGCUCUUGUCUAUGCCAGUGCCUACCUGAACCUUGCGUGUAUAGAGGUGCUGGCGCCCUUAGAAGCAGCGCUGUCAGGAGAGACGGCGCUGAGCUUUAUGGGUGCUCUCGUGGCUGAGGGUGAGAUGACCAAAAGCGAGUGGCAGUAUUCUAUGUCCCAGGCAAGAUCCUUGAUAGUAGAGUACCUAAGAUCACACUCUCUUACUGGUUUGCCGCCGCAGCAGCAACUAUCCAUAGGAGAGCUUCCUGACGAUCGGGAUAUGAAGAAAUACAUUAACAAUAAGUCCGGCCUCUUUGACGACGAGAGCGAAAUCUCCAUUCUUGAAGGAAAGUAUUUCCGCUGGGAGGGGCCACCAGACUCUAGCAUUGCCGGAGAGCCCAUGCAUGGGGGUGCACGGGCAAGCUCAGGGCUUCAUCCACAGCGCCAGAGCCAGGUGAAGAAGGAGGUCUUGCCGGAUGUGUCAGCUGUCGUCGACAAGAGUUUUGCACGCGAGCAGAAAAGCUUUCAAUGCCAGACCUCUGUUGCUAUUCCAGAGCAAGAGAAAUCAUAUAGGUAUACAUUCAAUUCUAAGCCUCUUCCACCUCUUAUCACUGCCUCCCCAUCCGCCGGGGAUCAUCUUCCAAUUCUCCCGCCCCUGAAUUCUCAUAAAAAUUCUCAUAAAAUCCGCAAUUAA